GUUUACUCGCGCUGGUAGUUGUUAAUAUUUUAUGUUUUAUAAAAGGUUUUUAUAAAAUAAACAUGACAAGCAUAGGACUAGCUGUGAGCCCCCCAAACACGGAGGAAAGAGCGGUUUUUACUCAGUUGAAACCCGUGAGGAUGUCGAACGCUGACGGAGCUGAGGAUUCAUCCGUCUUCGAGGACGUUAAACCCACGAACUCAAUGGAAAUGGAUAAAUACCUGCCCCAAAAUGGGCCUUUGCCACCAUCAACCCUUUUAGACAAAAAGUACCGUCGAGAGAGCGCCUCCGUGGUGGAUGAGUAUUUCGCAGACGAAAAGCCUGCCCCUUACAGCCUAAACAUCAACGUCAUCCUACCAAACACAACACACCUCCGCACAGGCUUGUACCGUCCAACCAAACCGAUGGUGCCUCAGGUCAAAACAGAGCCUGGGGUUGAGCCAUCCUGCAACAUCCAGACGCUUCCCAACUUUACGUCUGUUUUCAGCAUGCCGCAGUCUGUCGACAGCCUGUUCAUCAAGCCAGAGAUGGGCACUACUGACGAGCUCCACAUUAACUCACAGCAGCCACAGGUCUAUCAGAUGGCUAUCAGCAGCAGCAGUCUCAACUCAAUGACUUUCUCCAACACCCAGUGUGUUAAUGGAGCCGGCAGGACCAUGCUUAACCUGAAUGCCGUGGCACUAACCACACCAUCGGGCGAGUUUGUAAUACCGGAGCAGUUCUAUCCACAAGCGCAGCCUCACAGCCUGCCACCGUCACCACCCAACUCGCAGCCGGGAAGCCCUGAGAAUCAGGCCGAGCUUAUUAACACGGCCACUCUUCCACCACCUUAUCAGACCCAAGUGGGUGUAAAGGUAUCACAGAUGACCCCUCACUCUGUGCUGAUGACUCACGGACAGGGCGUUCUCACCGGGCCCAGGUACAACCGAAGGAAUAACCCCGAGCUGGAGAAGCGAAGGAUCCACCACUGUGACUUUCCAGGAUGCACCAAGGUUUACACAAAGAGCUCCCACUUGAAAGCACACCAAAGGACACAUACAGGUGAGAAGCCAUACCGCUGUACUUGGGAAGGAUGUGACUGGCGUUUUGCCCGCUCAGAUGAACUCACACGGCACUACCGAAAGCACACAGGAGCCAAGCCAUUCAAAUGUGUCGCAUGCAAUCGAUGCUUCUCACGCUCUGAUCACUUGGCACUCCACAUGAAGCGCCACCAAAACUGA